UGCCUCCUGCCGCCUGCGGCCCACACUUCCAGGUUCCCGGUUCCAGUGGCAGCGAGUCUCGGACGGCGUCCGGCACCAGGGCACUCCGGCGGGUCUGCAGGACCGGCGCUGCCCAGUCCGGGCGGGACAUGGCCUUGCGGCUGGGAUGGCUGGGCUCGGGCCCCUGCUGGCGCGCGCUGCGGGGCGACUAUGGCCAGCUGCGCGCUUGGUCCCCGCGCAGCGCGUCCGCCCGCGUCCCCCGGCUGCCUGGCACCGCUGGUACCGAGUCUCGCCGCGGGCUGGGCCACAGUCCCUCGGCUGGAGGCGGGUCCUGGCUGGGGACCGGGCUGGCCGCGGCGCUGGCCGGGUUCGCCGGGCUGGCAGCCGCCGCCUUCGGGCACGUGCAGCGGGCGGAGAUGGUGCCCAGGAGCUCGGGGGCGCGAAGCCCCUCGCCUGGGCGGCCGGAGGAGGAUAGUGACGAGCUGGCCCGCCGCUGCAGCGCCUUCAUGACCUCGCCAGUGACCGACCUGCGUGAGCUGCGGAAGAGGCCCGAGGACGUGAAGACCAAGAUGGAGCUGAUGAUCAUGGACAUCCAGGCCCAGGUGUGUCGGGCGCUGGCCCAAGUAGACGGAGUGGCCGACUUCUCUGUGGACCGAUGGGAGAGGAAGGAAGGGGGUGGUGGCAUCACCUGUGUGCUUCAGGAUGGGCGUGUGUUUGAAAAGGCUGGGGUGAGCAUUUCUGUCGUUCAUGGGAAUCUCUCGGAGGAAGCGGCCAACCAGAUGAAAGGCAGAGGAAAAGUCAUGAAGAGAAAAGAUGGUAAAUUGCCAUUUACUGCUAUGGGUAUAAGCUCUGUGAUUCAUCCCAAGAAUCCUUAUGCACCCACAAUGCAUUUCAACUACAGAUACUUUGAAGUAGAAGAAGCUGAUGGUAACACACACUGGUGGUUUGGGGGUGGAUGUGACCUCACACCUACAUACCUGAACCAAGAGGACGCUGUCCAUUUUCAUCGCACUCUAAAGGAAGCUUGUGACCAGCAUGGACCAGAUAUGUACCCCAAAUUUAAAAAAUGGUGUGAUGACUACUUCUAUAUAGUGCAUCGUGGAGAGCGGAGGGGCAUUGGAGGCAUCUUUUUCGAUGAUCUCAACUCUCCAUCCAAGGAGGAAGUAUUCCGCUUCGUUAAGACGUGUGCUGAAGCUGUGGUUCCUUCUUACGUUCCCAUUGUGAAAAAGCACUGUGAUGACUCCUUCACCCCCCAGGAUAAGCUGUGGCAGCAGCUGAGGAGAGGAAGGUACGUAGAGUUUAAUCUGUUGUAUGACCGUGGCACCAAGUUUGGCCUCUUUACUCCGGGAUCCAGAAUUGAAAGCAUCCUAAUGUCCUUACCUCUAACGGCCAGAUGGGAAUACAUGUAUUCGCCACCAGAGAACUCCAAGGAAGCCGAGAUUCUGGAAGUAUUGCGCCAUCCGAAGGACUGGGUACAUUGAUACAGCAGUGUUGUUCCAGGGCCUGGUGGACACAGGUGUGGCUUCCUGCACUGCUGCCACUGUGUGACAGGCAAUCGUCUGUGCCUUACUGUCCCAGCGGUCUCCACUCUGGGCACCACCUCUGUGGCAGGUGGUUUUCCGUCUUUCCGGUGCUGUGGGGGGAGGAGCAAUGAUGGGUGGUGAUGUAAAAAUGCCAGAUUCGUUGGAUGUAAGAAACCAUUUGUACUUUUAUAAUCAUGUUCAGUGACCCGUUAAUUUGACAUUGGGUUUCCAGGUCUUAAGAUAAGGGAAUGUAAAUAUUAUAAUACGGAUCAGGAAACUCUUCAUUUUAUUUGUUGCUUCAAGUUUUUUGCCACAGGAAUUUAUCAGCGGAUAUGUUUUAUCUUAACUAGUUCAGCCAAGUUGGCCUUCUCGGUAACUUUAGAAUGUAGUUUGAAGCCUGGUGCUCAGGAGGCAAAGGCAGGUGGAUCUCCGUGAGUUCAAGGCCAGCCUGGUCUACAGAGUGAGUGCCAGGACAGCCAAGGCCUGCAGAGAAACCCUGUCUUGAAAAGCCAACACAAAUACAAGAGAUAUGUUUUCCUUUGUCAUUUUUGAAGUUUCUUUGACAUAACUGUCAUGUGUCUCUCUAUAUUGACUAGAAUAUUAUAAAAAUACUCUUUAAAAAAAAAGAAUAAAGAUAGGUAUUUUGGAGCACUUGAAAUUUUCUUAAGUCAGUUCCUGCAUUAUAAUUCAAUGGUGACCUAUAGUUUACAACUGUAAAUGGCAUUAUUUAAAUAAGGGACAUCUACGUGGUUUUUUUUUGUGGGAUGAUAAUUUGUUGACAUUAGGAUUCUAUGUACUUUUUAAAGCAAAAACUUAUAUCCCUGGAUGCUAAUACUUAAGAGUUUUAUAUUUCAGACAUUUAAUAUGGGAGCUUAGACUAAGAGCAAAUGAAGAGCUUUAGAGAGAAGCCUUUUCCUUGCCAGCCUCUUUGGUUUUUCCCCACCAGUCGCUUGGGCUCUGCCAUGUUGUAGUCCCCAAAUAACACACAAGACGCUGUAUUAAUUAUAAAGCUGUUGGCCUUGUUUG